GGGGGACAUCUUUUACAAUUGAAACUUUAAAAAAUUUAAUCGCCAAAAUGAUCGUGCCGUAAGCACACAGCUCUAAAGAAGGUCAGGAAGUCAUUAGAAGAAUGUAAAGAGGAACCUGUUGCCAAGCCUCUAAAUGAUACUCUGCUGGAAGUCAUUGGGUUUUCCAGCAGGAUCCCGCUUCAGCUCACAAGACCAGGUCAACUCAGCAGUGACAGCAAAAGAAUAUUCUAGAGUUCACCUCUGCCUCGGAUUGGCCCUCAGGAAGCCCCGAUCUCAAUCCAUUAGACUAUCGGCUUUGGUCCGAACUGGAGAGGAUGACAUGCCACAGAGCACACCCUAA